AUGCAAAGGACUAACGGUACAUCUGCAUGUGCAUCGUGCAAGCAUCAAAGAAAAAAGUGCACUGAAAAGUGCAUAUUGGCAACCUUCUUCCCCGUCGAUAAAAUCCGAGAAUUCCAAGCAGUGCAUAAAGUUUUUGGUGUGAGCAACGUAACUAAAAUAGUCAUGAAUCUCAAGGAAGAAGAUCGAAAACACGCUGUAGAUUCACUCGUCUGGGAAGCCUUCUGCUGGCAAAAGGAUCCAAUGUUCGGUCCUUACGGAGAAUACAGAAGAGUUUUUGAGGAGUUAAGGUGGUACAAGAGCCAAUACCAACAAAUUCAUCAAGUCCAAAAUCCAGGGAGUAUAGUGUAUAAAGCGGCAGCACAGGGGCUAAUGGGGUGGAACAAUAACAAGUUUAUGAGCUUUAAUGAUUCGGGAAUAAAUAACAACAACGCUAAUAAUAAUUUUCUGAAUAAUGUUCCUAAUAAUUGUGAUUCUAUGAUAGAUUUUUGUGCUUACUCUUAUUCUUCACAUCAUAUUCAAGAAACUGAUAAACUAAGAGGAGAAAUAGACAAUGAUUCAGCUCUUAUGUCUGAACAGUAUUUGUCUGGUGGUUUUAACCAACAAUACUUUGUUACAAGUAUAUAA